AUGGUGGAGAGGAGGAGGAGGAAGCCACUGGUGCUUACUUCCACCAAAAGUCUCGUCAAUUCCGUACUGAGUGAAGACCGCCCAGUCGACGGCGGCGGCGAUGGCGACGAGUCUACGAGCUUGCAGUUGCCGCCGGGGAUUCUUCGGCUGUCUAAGGACAGAACGGUCCUUUCAAACAGCCCCAAAUUGGCUUCUCUCGACGACUCUGCUUUGGUCGGGCUGUCCACUUCUGCCCUCAAACGGCUCUCCAUCACCUCCGGCUCGCUGGUGAUUGUGAAGAAUGUGGAGACAAACAUACAAAGAACCGCUCAGGCCAUUGUUCUUGAUCCUCCGAACAGCCAUGAUUGCGCCGUGGAGAUUGAACAAUCCUUGUCUGAAUUUUCUCACGCAAUGCUUAUUUUGCCUUGUUGUACUUUCCCUGGAAAUGAUCGAAUUUUGUUGAAGCGGGAAGUUGCCUAUAUAUCACCUCUAUUAGCAUAUAACCUUGACUUGCACACAUUGUGCUUCAAAUCACUCGUUCAUAGAGGGGAAGAGACUUUGGCAUCUUAUUUUGGAGAGAAAGUUGAUGAUGAGGUGAGCAGAAAAGGCCUUGAGGAUUCUGUAGUUGGAUUGCAGUUGGAGCCUCAGCCUCAGUUGCCGAGAUAUGCUUCUCAUUUGAGAGCUUCUUUCGUGAAGGUACCGGAAUGUGGUACACUUGACUCUCUUAAAGGAAAUUCGUCCGUUGAAUAUGAAGAUCGUCAAGAAAUGAUAGAUUUGGCACUACAUAACUACUUUGGAGUUGAUAGGUUUCUAGCAAGAGGUGAUAUUUUCAGUAUUUGUAUAAAUUGGACUUGCAAGUCAAUGAUGUGCAUUCCUUGCAACCAAAGUUCACAAGAUGGAAGCGAUAACAUCUAUUUCAAGGUUGUGGCCAUGGAACCUUCAGACGAAUCCAUUCUCCGAAUUAAUCGCUCUCAAACAGCCCUUGUGCUUGGAGGGAGUGUCUCUUCUGCUGUACCCCCAGACUUAUUGAUUGCUGGAAAACAAGGUUUUGCACCUUUGCAAGGGGACACCGUAAAAAUAUUGGCUUCCAUACUAGCACCGCCUCUCUGCCCAUCAGCACUAUCUUCAAAAUUCAGAGUUUCAGUUCUCCUGUACGGAUUGGCAGGAUGUGGUAAGAGAACUGUUGUUAGAUACAUUGCUCGUCGAUUGGGCCUGCAUGUAGUUGAAUAUAGCUGUCACAAUCUAAUGGCAUCAUCUGAUAAAAGGAUGUCUGUUUCACUAGCUCAAACCUUGAAUACUGCUCAAAGAUACUCGCCAGCAAUACUUCUUCUCCGCCAUUUUGACGUUUUCCGGAAUUUGGGCUCUAUUGAAGGUUCACCAAGUGAUCAAGUUGGAAUCACUUCUGAAGUGGCUUCACUUAUCAGGGAAUUCACUGAGCCAAUUUCUGAUGAAGGAGACAUGGAUUUUGAAGGAAAGCACAAUGGUGAUACUGAUGCUGGGAAGAUAGGAAGGCAUCGGGUGCUGUUAAUUGCAGCUGUUGACAGUACUGAAGGUCUACCACCAAUUAUUAGACGCUGCUUUAGCCAUGAAAUAAGUAUGGGUCCUUUGACCGAAGAACAAAGGGUGAAAAUGGUGUCACAGUCGCUGCAAACGGCUUCUGAACUUUUUUCUAAUACUGGUUCAGAGGAGUUUAUAAAGGAUAUAGUUGCACAGACAUCUGGUUUCAUGCCUAGAGAUAUCCAUGCUUUGAUUGCUGAUGCUGGUGCUAACUUGAUUUCCAGAGGCAAUGUUCUGAUUGACACUGUGAAGUCGGAGGAAUCAGAUGGAUCUCUCAGACCUGAUGUGGAAUCUGAUAGUAAGUCCUCUGCAGUCGCACCUCAGGUUCUGAGGAAAGAAAACUUGACAAAGGCAUUGGAGCGUUCAAAGAAAAGGAAUGCAACAGCCCUGGGUACACCAAAGGUCCCUAAUGUGAAAUGGGAUGAUGUUGGCGGUCUUGAGGAUGUCAAGAAGUCAAUUCUGGAUACUGUUCAGCUACCUCUUCUGCACAAGGACUUGUUUUCAUCUGGUUUACGAAAGCGGUCUGGUGUUCUUCUAUAUGGUCCACCCGGAACUGGGAAAACUCUACUGGCAAAAGCCGUUGCAACUGAGUGUUCCCUGAACUUUCUCAGCGUAAAAGGACCUGAACUUAUCAAUAUGUACAUAGGAGAGUCAGAAAAGAAUGUUAGAGACAUCUUCCAGAAGGCCAGGUCAGCACGCCCAUGUGUUAUAUUUUUUGAUGAACUUGAUUCUCUUGCUCCAGCCCGUGGUGCCUCGGGGGAUUCUGGGGGUGUUAUGGACAGAGUGGUUUCUCAGAUGCUUGCAGAGAUCGACGGCCUAAACGAUUCAACACAGGACUUGUUUAUAAUUGGAGCAAGCAACAGACCAGAUUUGAUUGACCCAGCACUUCUACGGCCUGGACGAUUUGAUAAACUGCUUUACGUUGGAGUAAACUCUGAAGCAUCUUACAGAGAGCGGGUCCUCAAAGCACUUACCCGAAAGUUUAAGUUACAUCAAGACGUACCACUUUACUCCAUAGCAAACAGAUGUCCCCCGAACUUCACUGGUGCAGACAUGUACGCAUUGUGUGCAGACGCUUGGUUUAAUGCAGCAAAGCGCAAGGCUUUGAGUUCGGAUUCAGAUUCUUCCCGCACAGAUGAACAAUCGGACUCUGUUAUUGUCGAAUAUGAUGAUUUUAUCAAGGUCUUAGGCGAGCUUUCUCCGUCGCUCUCCAUGGCCGAGCUUAGAAAGUACGAGUUGCUGCGUGAUCAGUUCGAAGGAGCUCCCAAGUGAAUUCCCAUCACAUUAAAAUGAUCUGUGGGGAAUCUAGUCUUUGAAUCACUUAUUAUAUAAUCAAGUGUAUAAUGAUAUCAGUUUGUACUUCGAGGUUAGAAAAAGAAAUAUAGAAAACAGAAGAAUAAGGAAAGAUAGUAUUUCCUUGCAUGUAGGGUGAGCCUUGGCAUAAUCGAAAUGUUGCUUCUUUGUGACCGAAAGGUCAGGGGUUCAAGUCGUGGAAACAGUCUCUUUUCAAAGCAAGGUAAAGCUACGUACGAUAGAAGUUCCCCUCCCGACCCUCAUAAAGGCGGUAGACUUGUUGGUUUGGAGCUGCCUUUAAUAUUUCCAUGCGUGUACCAUUAAUUUGAAAAGGAGGUAUUUGUUGAUUUAUCGUCUGAACUUUAAUGUACAAUAGGAUCAAAUUGUCGACUUUAGAACUACAUUCUUCAUUGGAUCAUGCUUUUUCUUUUCUUUUUU